AUGAAAGAACCACUACAGGAGCUUGCAGACAGUGUCGAUCCAGAAAAGAUCCGUGUAUUAACAGUACCAAAGGCCAAUAAGCGGCUACAGAUGGUCGCUGGUAUUAAUGCGACCACAACAGAAAUCAUUGUAUUUGCUGACGACGAUGCUAUCUGGAAACCUACCAUGCUUGAUUAUAUCUUGGCUUGUUUUGAGGAUUUGAAAAUGGGAGGCGUUGGCACCAGUCAAACGGUGCAUGCUGUUGACCCCAAUGGUCGCCAAACGUUAUGGGAGAUAUUAGCAGGUUUCCGGUUAACCAGCCGUAACAUUGAAAUUGCAGCUUCAACACACAUUGAUGGUGGCAUUUGUUGUUUAUCAGGACGCACAGCCGCUUACCGUACUUUAAUCCUUAAGGAUCCAGCUUUCCAAUACUGUUUUACAAAUGAUCUCUGGCUAGGCAAAUAUCCACUCAACUCAGGUGAUGACAAAUUUCUGACACGUUGGAUGGUCUCGCAUGGAUGGAACACUUAUGCUCAGAUUUGUAAAGAAGCUGAACUCUACUCUACGUUCAAAAACAAUUGGCGAUUCUUGAAACAAGUACUUCGUUGGACGCGUAAUACUUGGCGUUCUGAUUUUAGAUCACUUUUUACAGAGCGUUAUAUUUGGCGAAGACAUCCCUAUGUUGCAUUCACCAUGUUGGAUAAAAUGUUCAAUCCCAUUACACUUUUAUCAGGCCCUAUUCUGGUAGGUGUAUUUGCCUCUUUGCAAGAACAACAUGCAGGCCCCACAAACCCUCCAUUGCCUGGAUGGAAUAUCGCUGUUUCUUACAUUGGUUGGCUUCUAUUCACAAGAUUCAUCAAACUCAUUCCUCACUUUUUGAAACGGCCUCAAGAUAUCUGGGUUCUACCUUGCUGGUUAGUAUUUAACUAUUACUUUGCUGUUAUGAAGAUAUACGCAUUGUUCACUUUACACGAAGUUGGAUGGGGAACUCGUGCUGGCAUCGGCACAGAGUUGGCUGCUAACAUUGGUAUGGAUGAAAAGAAUGUAGACAUAGAAAAACGGCAAACGACCAUUGAGGACCAGCAACAUUUAGACAUCAGAAUAAACAUGCCAGAAUCCGAACAUUGUAAUAAUUAUGCACCGUCGUUAACUCAGCACAAUGGACAGGAAUAUUAUGAAAAGCCAACUGUUUCCAUUGAAAAUCCUUUCGCUUCUUCGGAAGAAGAGCUGAUGCCGUCGAACAAAAAUAAAGAGUGUAAUAACAAUAACACAGCGAUAUCAACACCGUCCAACGACAUAUUUAGACCUCAAAUACCUCCUCAUCAUUUAACCACUUGA